CCGAAGGAGAAAAAUACUGUGUUCCAAGUAUGGAAGGAUUGGAUAAGGCAAGAGCGUGUCAAGAACAUAACAUCAGCCGGCUAUCGAGUUAUACUUUCCUCAUGUUUUCGUAUCUUUGCCAAUAAUUAUGUGGAGCAUUGGUACCCAUACUACAUGUGUGAUCCAAGAGACUUCUCAG